GUUCGCAAAACGCAAAUUUUUUCUGUCGCAACAUUGCGACAGAUUAACGACCGGUAAACUUUUGCGACAACGAUAUACGGACCGAAAUUAUUCGGUCGCUUUCUUGUCGCAAAUUUGUAAUUGCGACGGAUUUUAUUGAUGUUUGCGACGGAUUUUUCCGUCACAAAUUUGAAUGUUUUUUUUGUAGUGAUAUGCAACCAAUACGGACAACAUUGAGACCUCUUAUAACCAGAUUCGUACGGCACAUGGCUACAUUAUAGGGAAAAAAAUCAAUCUUUUUUUCAAUGUUCAUGCAUAUAUAUAUUUUUUUCAUGGGUGAUUUAGAUUUUUUAAAAUGUAUAUUAUGACAUAGUAAUUAUUAUUUUUGGUCUUAUUAGUUUUAUGGGCAAAAGAAAUGCUAAAGUAAUCAUUUAUUUGAUUCAAUUUUAUUAUAUUUUAUUCUUAUGUAAAUGUGGAAUAAAGACAUGUUUCUUAUAUGGAUCAAGUCUAAUUUGUAACGACGGACCACAUGUACUGUACUUCCCAAACAACGGAAAACGCGCGAGAAGAAGCGGUCCCUACACAAAAACGGCAGGAACUUUGCUUUAUCGCUAAACGGAGCGGUGUUUCGAGGUCGACCGAGCGACGCAGCAGUAACAGCUGGUUUUUUAAAACGGCACGGUGUUUCCAAGUCGUGUGCUUACGGUCGAAGUGAAGGUUUUUUUUUCAGGUCUUCGGACUGGUCGGAUCCAGGGAUCAUCUCUCUUCUUCUCGUUCUUCUCCGAGAUUGAAGCAUCUGAGGCAUACGCUUUUGCUGUAUUGGUUUCAGACAUUCAUUGGGUUUUGGGGUUUUACCUUUUGCCCUUUCGCGGCAAUGUUGAAGCGUGGUAACAGAGUGAACGGGUCAUGUGGGCCUCAAACCUACAAAUUAGCACUUCUCAUGCUUGUCGGGGUCUUUGGCAUUGCAGUUUGGUUGCUUUGUUUUAGUGGCAAGAACCAGGGCACAAAAUUUCCACUGCCAAAGCAGAUUUCGAGCAGUAUCAAGCCCCGGUUACAGUUUCAUCCAACUGUUGAAUUUCAGAAUGGCACAGAUGUCAUAUGGCAAAUACCAAGCUCACCAAAGGCGGUUCUAUUUAUUGCUCACGGGUGCCAGAGAAGGGCUACCGACUUUUGGGAUAGAUCUCUCGAGUGCCCUAAAUGUAUCGGUCUCCCAGAGGAGACGGUGCUUGUCCUCCACGCUCUGGCUCGCAAAUUUGCAGUUAUAGCUGUAUCUAGUGCUGGAAGAUGCUGGACAUUUGGUGAGGAGAGAUUGAUUGUCCAAAACAUAAUAUCAACAUGGGUUAGUAGGCACAAGCUUGAAAGGCUUCCUCUUGUUGCUUUAGGGGCUUCUUCGGGUGGUUACUUUGUCUCUGCCCUCGCCACAGACAUGCGGUUCAGUAGCAUUGUGCUUAUGAUUGCAGAAGGGGUCUUUGAUCGAAUUAGUAUCACAAAACGUUAUCCACCGACCUUUUUUGUUCACAUGCCCAAAGAUGUACACAGACAACAAAAGAUAAGAGAAUAUAGAGAUGGUCUUGAAAUGCAAGGCAUUGAUGUUGAAGAGAUUGAAUGCUUGGACUUGCCACUUUCCCCAAAUUUCUUGGCCGAUAGGAUACGUGGUGUUGAUCAGGUUAUAUCUGCCAAGUUGUUCAAGGUGUUUCAAGAAAAGGGAUUUAUCGACGAGAAGGGAUACAUGAGGCGUGAUGGGCGGAGAACACGUUGGAAAGAAGCUCUCCAUGACUACAAAAUCUCUCUGGAUAAAAGUUUGUUUACCCAUGUCGAAGAAGAGCUAAAUCUUGCGUUUGCGUAUCAUGAAAUGACAAGCUUGCAGUCUGAACAGAUCUUUAAAUGGUUUGAAUCACAUAUGAGCUGAGGAGCUUUCACUUUUCAUGUAACAAAAAAUCUCUCUCUGUGGGAAGAGACGUGUGUAAUGACUGGACUGCGGUGUCGAGUCUGCUAUUUUUUCGUUGAUUGUAGUCUCUACAAUGAGAAUCAAGAAAGACAGUUUUGAUUUCUUUAACCGAUUUUUAAAGCCAGGGCAGUUAAGCAUGCAACAAAUCUGUUCUGUAAGGAAAUGCUUGGUGUCUCCAAGUGAAAUUUCUUGUCCGAGGACUUCUGGCCAAAUGGUUGAGACAUCUUGCAAUAGAGAACCUUUGUUUCUCUGCCUAUCAUUCAUUUUGCAGGUUGAUCGAUGACAAAUCCAGAGUGGAGGACGCUUUCAAACUCCAUGGUAUGUCUUUACAUUUUCCUUUAUAUUAUAGGUUUCUCAGAUUUGUACAUUCUUGACAUACACAAUACCUUCCGCUGGAUUUGAAUCAGCAUUACUCGUAUUAUUACCGGGGAUGUCCCUACACUUAUAAAGAUCGUGUUUUUUCUAACACGACCAUGACCACCAACUCUAUAUUAUGUCAUAGUAAAUGCCAUUUCUGACAUUAAUAAACAGUCAUGUAAGAUGUUAGUGGUGAGUCGGUAGGAUCUUAAAUGCAUGUUCACCAUCUUUCAGCAUUUACUCCACAGUUAAUUAGAACCAUAACACGCCACCUUAGUCACCACCACCACCCCUCUGGUACUGUUCUCCAUCAAUGCUUAUGGUGUUUGGUCUUUCUUCUCUUUCCUCGUGGAUUUGUCUUUUUGUGUGGCGGUUUUGCCUGGCUAAGGAAUUAAAUUGGUCAUGUUCGGACAUAAUGAAGCAAUUUAUUAUGACAUUAUGCUGGUCUAUUGAGGCAUGUCAGUCUACAUCUAGGCUUUGACUUUGUGUGAACCUUGUUCUGUGAAGUAAUGUUUGGUUCUUGUUUUCACCAAGUCUGUGUCUUUAGUAAUGGUUUGUUUGGGUUCUGUCUGCCUUGUCUGUCUUGGUUAACUGAUUUACUAGCUGAACUAGGUGCUUCAAUGUACUACUAACGUUAUGCAUGGUGUUCAAGUCCUCCAUUUCUGGAUUCUCUUGAGCAGGGCAUACAUUAUGAUUGGGAGGAUGACAGGAAACUGAUAAACCAGAACUAGUAAUCUUAUUACAGUGCAAGAUAACUUGAAAACAUAAACAUCUAAUAUAAGGAGUGUCCAUAUCAAAUAUCAUAAUAUGCUAUAAAAUACUUCAAACUCAAAGUGGUUCACACGCGCGCGCACACACAUACACACUCUCACACAGGAAGAUAAUUAGAAUGCUUUAAGAAAUAAA